CAUUGAUUUAGUACCAACUAGACAUUGAAAGUAGCAGCAGGCAAAACAUUGUGUUACUGUUGUUUUACGAGUGCAUCACCUUAGUGUCGUCAUCGUAAAAUAAAAUUUCAGUGUUACAAAUUAAACUGACGGUAUGUGAAGUGAAACGUGGAUUUAUAUUCUGUGAACUCAUUCAUACAUUAAUUAAUAUACCUACUUACUUAUCUGUUAUUUCGUGAGUAGGGAAAAUAUGAAUCGGAAAAGAGGAAGCGGAAGGGCGGCCGGAUCGUGGAUGAAAUUCCGUUUGCUAAUGUGGAAGAAUUUUCUGCAACAAUGGAGGCAUCCUAUUCAAACUAUCGUAGAGGUGUUGUUGCCAGUUAUCACGAUGUCUCUAGUGCUACUGCUUCGGUGGCAGAUUGAACCUACCGCAGAAGAUGCGAUAAACUUUUCGCCAUUACCUGCACAAUCACUGAAUAAUUCUAUACAAAUAUUUGCUGGUCUCAACGUAACUAAUUUGUCCAUUGCAUACUCUCCAAGAAGUGAAGCCUUGGAGGAUGUCUUACGUAGUUCCAUGGCAAACUUACUGCUAAACAAUGCGUUCGAUCUAAUCAGAAUUAUCACUGAUCUGUGGCCUGCUGAACCGCCAUUCCCACUGCCAGCGAAUAUAACGUGGCCUGAAACCCCGCCAGUCACACUGCCUCCAGAUUUAGACUGGCCUGAUUUAGAGGGUGUAAACAAAACUCUGAUUUACGAGUUUCUCAGAACCUUAAUACGAGUUCAACCAUACAAUUCUAGUGUUGAUCUCAGAACUAUUUAUGCUUACGAAGAGAGAACUAAGCAAGUAAUAGCAGCUGUGGAAUUUGAUGACUCUCUUUUUGGUGCUACGGAUUUGCCUGGAAGUAUAUCGUAUUCCUUAAGGUUUCCGGAGAGGCCUCGCCUUAAUGCAUUAUUUGGUCGAGGCGGCCGAUCUUGGAGAACAGACGAAUUGUUUCCUGCAUUUGAGUUACCUGGACCAAGAUCCCGUUCUUCCGAUGGAGGCUCCAAUCCUGGCUACGUCAGGGAAAUGUUUAUUGCGCUUCAGCAAGUAAUAUCAACGCAACUAAUAACAAGAAUUACUGGGGAGCCUAUGGAGUCAUUCUCAGUCAAUAUUCAGAGAUAUCCACACCCUGCAUAUGUCGAUGAUAUGGCAGUAGAGGCACUCCAGUUUCUAUUUCCCAUGUUCAUUAUGCUGACCUUUAGCUACACAGCCGUGAAUAUCACCAGAGCCAUCACAGUUGAGAAGGAACUUCAACUUAAGGAAACAUUGAAAAUUAUGGGCUUACCCACAUGGAUACAUUGGACUGCAUGGUUUUGCAAACAGUUCCUCUUUUUAUUGGUAGCAGCUGUUCUUAUUAUGAUUCUUCUAAAGGUUAAUUGGUUUACGAACGAAGAUGGGUUCAGCGAUUACGCCGUAUUUACAAAUACACCAUGGAGUGUCUUGCUAUUCUAUUUAACACUCUACUUGGCAUGCGUGAUAUUCUUUUGUUUCAUGCUCAGUGGUAUAUUUUCGAAAGGUAGUACAGCAGCGCUAUUUGCCGGUGUGGUGUGGUUCCUCACCUACGUCCCAGCGUUUAUCCUGUCCAUUGACAUUGCUAUGUCAGUCCCUAUGCAAAUAUUUACAUGUCUCAGUAUCAACUCUGCAAUGUCUUACGGAUUCCAGCUGCUUCUGGGUAGAGAGAGCACAGGCGGUAUGCAAUGGGGCGAGUUCAUGUCGGCGCCCGUGACGGAGACCGACCGGCUGCUGUUCGGGCACGUGGUAAUCAUGCUGGUGGUGGACUCGGUGCUGUACAUGCUGAUCGCGCUGUACCUGGAGCAGGUGCUGCCCGGCCCCUACGGCACGCCCAGGCCCUGGUACUUCUUAUUCCAGAAACAAUUUUGGGGGUGCGGCACUAAAUCUGCAUCAGAUUCAGUAUUACUAAAUGUUCCUGAAACUCCUGAUGUAAUAAAGGAGAACGAUCCGGUGGGUCACCCAGUUGGAGUUAAAAUGAACAAUCUGACAAAAGUAUUCGGCAAGAAUACUGCAGUAAAUAAUUUGAGUUUAAAUAUAUACGACGACCAAAUUACAGUUUUGCUCGGCCAUAAUGGAGCAGGAAAAUCUACAACUAUAUCGAUGUUGACAGGUAAUUUGGAGGCAACAUAUGGGACAGUGUGGGUGGCCGGCUAUGACAUGACCUGGAACACCAGUGAUGCUCGCUCACAUAUAGGACUAUGCCCUCAACAUAACGUCCUGUUCAAUGAGCUCACCGUCAGGGAACAUUUAGAAUUCUUUGCUAGACUGAAAGGAUUCCAAGGCGAAGAAUUGAACAAUGAAAUAGACACUCUUAUCGAGAAACUAGAGUUGACAGAGAAGCGUGACUACCAGUCCAAAGGCUUGUCCGGCGGACAGAAGCGGAGGCUGUGCGUUGGCGUGGCACUGUGUGGCGACGCGCGAGUGGUGCUCCUUGACGAGCCUACGUCGGGCAUGGACCCCUCCUCGCGCCGCGCUCUCUGGGACCUAUUGCAGAAGGAAAAAAAAGGUCGUUCCAUGAUAUUGACAACGCACUUCAUGGACGAAGCUGACAUCCUGGGGGACCGGAUCGCUAUUAUGGCGAGCGGGCAGUUGCAAUGCGUCGGCUCGCCAUACUUCCUCAAGCGACACUACGGCGUCGGGUACACUCUGGUCAUUGUCAAGGAUGUUGACUUCCAGUUGGAAGCCUGCACGGAGAUUUUAAGCAAAUAUAUUCCAGGAACUACUGUUAAGGAAGAUAGGGGAACGGAAGUUACAUACAAUUUGACUAACGGUCGAUCUCAAAUAUUCGAAACAAUGUUAUUGGACCUAGAAACAAAUAUGCAACGAAUAAAAUUCAAAAACUAUGGAUUAGUAGCAACGACCUUAGAGGAUGUGUUUAUGUCAGUUGGAUCUGAUGUAUCAUCCACACAGUCAGAGUCAGAUGAGGUGGAAACUGCAACUGAGUCAUCGUAUUACGACUUUGAUUCAUCUUCAAUGGAUAACUUAACACAAGAACAGUCGAUCAGUGGUUUUCGUUUGUUGGUGCAACAUGUUUUGGCCGUCUGGCUGAAGCUGUCUCUGGUCUGGAUCCGGUCCUGGGGCCUGAUUCUGCUGCAGAUUUUGGUACCGGUGCUACAAAUGACCGCAACACUUGGAGUUAUGGAAUACAUUUUCAGUUUGAUACCAACUAUACAGCGCAGGGCGCUAUCGUUUGCCGUAGGUUACUCGCAAACGGAGAGCCUUUUGAGUUUCAUCGGCAAUUCCACAUCAUCGCUGGGGGCGCUAGCGACUGCAGCAUACGAGAUGAUGAUCAACUCGAGCGUCGUCGACACCAUGUCGAUUACCAUGGUCAAUGAACCGAUUGAUGAAUAUUAUAUGGAAAGGGCGGAACAAGGAGGAGUAGGACCACUGCGCCACACGGUUUUGUCGGGUGCCACUUUCACAGAUGAUUCGGUAACCGCAUGGUUCAGCAACUUCGGCUACCACGACAUUGCCACUUCGUUAGCCGCCGUUCACACCGCGCUUAUCAAAGCUAAAAACGCUUCGUAUGAAAUCAACGUGUUCAACCAUCCACUAGAAGUCAACUAUGCUGAUCAAAGUGACCUUCAAAUGCGGGUGACGAUGCUAGCCAUGCAACUGGCUUCCGGCAUCGGGAGCAGUUUGGGUAUUGCCAGUGCAGUUUUCGUCAUGUUUUAUAUUAAGGAGCGCGUGUCUCGAGCGAAACUGCUGCAAAAGGCGGCCGGCAUCCAGCCUGCAGUUCUAUGGGGCAGCGCGGCUGUGUUCGACUGGCUGUGGUUCCUUGUGGUCUGCGUCACCAUCGUCAUCAUUUGUGCUGCAUUUGACGUCAUGGGCCUCUCAUCUGUCGACGAACUCGGUCGCCUAUACUUGUGCCUGAUGGUGUACGGCGCUGCGAUGGUGCCUCUGAACUACCUGUCUUCCCUCCUGUUCCAAGGCCCGGCACUUGGCUUCGUUGUCAUAUUCUUCAUAAAUGUACUCUUCGGAAAUAUGGGGGCUCAGAUCGUGGACGCACUGUCAUCGCCGCACCUAAAAACCGCAGAGGCGGCGAGGAUCCUGGACUAUGUACUGCAGUUCUUUCCACUCUACAGUCUCGUAACGUCUGUCAGACUAUUGAAUCAGUUCGGCAUGUUAGAGAGCUCGUGCCUACAAAGCUGUGGAUUCUUACAGAACAUUAUGAACAUACCAGAGUGCAAUAUGACUGUUAUGUGCGAUCUCUAUGAAGAAUGCUGUAUUCCUGCAGACCCAUACUGGGCCUGGGACGGUGGCAUUAUGCGAUAUGUAACUGUCAUGCUGAUCACCUGUCUUGUAUUGUGGGGAAUACUCAUGAUUAUAGAGUACGACGUUAUUAAGAAGAUAAUCAGACGAGAGAAGAAACCACCACAAGUUGACGAAAGCACACUAGACGAGGACGUAUUGGACGAAGAGAAGCACGUCGCGCGCAUCGGCUCCGACCUCUCUCAGCACAGCCUCGUGGCGCGCGGGCUCUCCAAGUACUACGGCAAGCACCUGGCCGUCAAUCAAGUGUCCUUCAGCGUAAGCGACUCUGAAUGCUUCGGUCUGCUGGGGGUGAACGGAGCCGGCAAGACCACCACGUUCAAGAUGCUAAUGGGCGACGAGACCGUCUCCAGCGGAGACGCGUUCGUCAGUGGCCACUCUGUCAGGAAGGACAUCACACGUGUUCAUGAAAAUAUCGGAUACUGCCCGCAGUUCGACGCCGUAUUCGGCGAACUGACGGGCCGUGAGACGUUACUUUUGUUCUCGCUGCUCCGCGGGCUCAGCGCCAGCCGCGCGGACGCUCGCACGCACGCGCUGGCGCAUGCGCUCGGCUUCACCAAGCACUUGAACAAACGGGUAAACCAGUAUUCAGGGGGCAACAAACGCAAAUUGAGCACAGCGGUAGCCUUACUGGGCCGCACUCGGUUGGUGUUCGUCGACGAACCCACCACUGGCGUCGACCCUGCGGCUAAACGACAGGUAUGGCGUGCUAUCCGAGGCGCCCAGCGUUCAGGCAGAGGCGUGGUGCUGACGUCACAUAGCAUGGAGGAGUGCGAGGCGCUAUGCUCGCGCCUCACCAUCAUGGUCAACGGCCGCUUCCAGUGCCUCGGCACCCCUCAACACCUGAAAAACAAGUAUUCUGAAGGUUUCACUUUAACUAUUAAAAUGAGACAAGAAGAGGAGCAAGCAUCAACUAGUUCAUGCAUUGUUCAGAGACCUGUAGAUACGGUCAAACAAUUCGUCGAAUCUAACUUCAUUAACCCAAAACUUAUGGAAGAGUAUCAAGGUUUGCUGACAUACUACUUGCCCGACCGCAGCAUCGCAUGGUCAAGAAUGUUUGGAAUCAUGGAGCAAGCCAAGAGAGACCUCCAAGUGGAGGACUACAGCAUUUCCCAAACCACUUUAGAACAGAUCUUCCUACAAUUUACCAAAUAUCAACAAGAGGCUGCAAUUCAAUAAUUCAAAGCUUUACUUCAAUAUCUGAGAAGAAUCAAAGAUGUGUCGCUCUCUAAUCUAGUUAGCAAGAUUUCAUGGUACAGCUUACAUAGAGCGUGGUAUAUUGUGAUAGGCAGACUUACGUUUGCCACAUUUAUUUAUUUCGACAUUUAGUUAAACUUUAGGUAGGUACAAUAUCUUCUCUAUAGUCUAAAGUAGUUCUUAGAACCUUAAGUACUUAAUAUUGUUUGUCUAUAUGCUUUGAAUAAGAUAAGUAUUAUGCUUAUUAUAGAUAAUUCUAUUGAAUUAUUUUAAGUAGAAUUUUUUCGUGUUUGUAGUAGUAGUAGGAGAAUUUUACUAAUUACGGGAAUAAGUUAUCUUUCCUGAAGGGCUGGCACUAAUGCGGUGUUAAAUAUUUAAUUUGCUAGAAAAUAUGCAGUAUGAUAUACUGCUAUAGGUAUAAGUUAGGUAAGUAAGUAAUAAUAGGUAGGUACAUAUUAAAAUAUGUUAUUGCUAUUUUUUCUAUCUAAAUAAGUACCGUUGUUACCGAUAUAUUGUCCGUUAAAUCAGCAUUUUUAUAUUUUUACAAUGUCCCUCUGAAAGUAUUAUAAAAUCAGAUAAAAACAUACUUAGAUUUUUUGUAUACCUAUAUUUUUUAACUUUUUAUAAAUAAUACAUUGAAUUCGGUAAAUAA